ACACACACACACACACACUCCCACAAACCCGUCCAGCAACACAAACCUCCUCCCUUCUCACAUUCACAGUAACGCUGAGGGCCACAGAUCCGAGAACAUACAACUCUGUGAGAACUACGAGGAAAAAAAGCUGGGGGGGAGGGAGGUUGAAGAAAUGAAAACACCUGUUCCUGUGGUGCUGUGGGGGGGAAUAAAUGAGAAGUUUACAUUGCUGUCUCGCUCGGCGGAGGUAGGCUUCCACCAUCGUACUUUCUUUCUCACGGAUGUUUGAUAAUGUGCUUUAACUAGCUCCAACCAUGAUGUCACCUUGACCUGGUAACACGGAGAGCUGGGAACAAUGUCAGUCCCCCAGGUGGUGGUGGUGAACUUCCAGUAUGAGUACACAAAUCGCGAUGGAAAUCAGGUGUCCAUCAAACCCAACGAGCGCUACAUGCUGGUGGCCAAGACCAACGACCACUGGUGGCACGUGCGCAAAGACGAGACCACCAAACCUUUCUUUGUCCCAGCCACGUAUGUGACAGAGUUGCCCCCUGAGAACAACUGGGCACUCCCUGAGCCUCCAGAAGAGGAAGAUAGGCUGGAUCCUCCAAAGCCUUUCUGCAAAACGGAGCCUGCUGAUUUAAAGCAGACUUCAGAGGUUACCAUUAGAGACCCCACUUCCAUCAAGAGAGACUCUGAGAAGGAUGGGCACAGGAUCUCAACUUUUAUCAUCCCACAAGAUCUGUAUGAUUUUAGGUUAGGUGAGCCAGGGGCACUAGACCCUAAAGCUGAGCUGGAACCUGAACCUUGCGACUUGUACAAGGAUAUAACGCAGGCGGAUAUAACCCAUGGAGGAACAUCAACCUCUCUUCCACUUGAUGAGGAUGAAACUCCGUAUGCUGUCUCCCCACCGCACUUUUCUACCACCAGUUCACAUGGCAAAGAAGCAGAACCCGGCUCAGCUGGCAGCGAGACCCAAUCACCUAGGAGCCCUCUGAUGGAGCUAAAAGAAGAUAUUCACAUGCUUAAAAGGGCCGGUUGGGACCUGAAAAUAUUGGACAAUAUAUAUGAGUCAAUAGAUGAACAGAAAGUGGUGAAGGAAACUAAAGACAUUGAGGCAGAACUUACACCAGGCUCUCCAGUUUCUCCUUCAACUCCUGUUUCUACAAAGGAGCGAACUCCUGGAUCUCCUACUGACAUGCCAGAUUCACUUCCAGAGAAGGUGGAGGAUGACGACCUGUCGGCCGUGUACGUGAACGUCCCCAGGACCCGGCGGAGCAUCUCCGGCCUGCCCAUCUCCUCCGCUUCGGCGCUCUCCUCCUCCUGGGACAUCCCGGACACUCCAGACUCUCCCCCUAACCUCCCCGACGCUAUUCGCCUGGGCUCCGAGGGAUGGGAGAUCCACACUGACCAGGACAGCGGUCAGCAGUACUAUUACCAGCCCAGCACAGGCCGCAGCACCUGGGACUACCCACUCAGCCCCUUAAUGGAGCCCGACGUGGGGACGGAGGAUCCUCUUACCUCACCCUCCCCCGCCCAGUCUCCAGCCUGUUCGCCCCCAGGCCCCUCCCCGCCAAGAUGGAGCUCGGACUGGGAGAGGGUGCUGGACGAGACCAGCGGCAGACACUACUACUUCAACCCCGUCUCUGGAGAGAGCUCCUGGGACCUGCCGGACGAGCUGCGGGACAGUGGUCCGCCUCCACUCCCUGAGGAAGACUACCCUGCUGAAGAGGUUGCCCCAUUGUCUCCAGACCAGGAGGACGCCGCAUCUUUCCCCUUUCCCCUCAUGUCGGAGUACUCUCUCGCUCAUGUGAAAAAACCAGCCAUCCCCAGAGCCUGUCUGGACCGCAGUACCCCUGCAGGCUGGACCCUCAACAUAGACCCUGACGGAGCCUGGGUCUUCACCAGUGAACACACUCAGGAGCAGUGGAUCAAGUCUCUGGACGAUCGGGGACAGACGUACUACUACCUGAGAGACGGCUCCAGGUCCCAGUGGACCUUACCUGAGCUCUGUGCUGGUCUGGGUCAGUGUAGAGUGGGCAAUGGAGGCAUGAUGAAUCAGGAUGGAGUGAUGAGGAGCUGGAGGAACAGCACAAGAUCUCAGGAUGAGAAGCUCCCUCUAAGCCAUCGCCGGAAUGCUUCGGACAGUGAUGCGUCCAGCUCCCCUGAAAUGCCCCAUAAUACUUCGCCUUCAAAAGCUGGUAUGGCUGAGCCUGAGAAGAACCUGUCCAAUCAAAGCUCAGCAGCUCAGCAACAGAAAGUGUCCAAUUUGGAGAAAGCUGGAAUCCUCAACAGGACCAAGAUCUGUGAGAAUGGGAAGAAAGUGAGAAAGAACUGGGCUCUUUCGUGGACCGUUCUUCAUGGGGGGAUUCUAACGUUCCACAAGGACCCCAAGUCCACCCCAGCAGGAGCAGCGGGCAAGACCAAUCAGUUCGUCCCUGAAUUCACUGUGGACUUGAAAGGAGCGACUAUUAACAAGGCAGCUAAGGAAAAGUCCAGCAAGAAGAAUGUGCUGGAGCUGAAAAGUCGGGCUGGUGCAGAGUUCCUGCUUCAGUAUGACACUGAAAGCAUCAUCACUGACUGGCAAAAUGUCAUCGAAGACACCAUCCGACAGCUGGAAGUGGAGCAGCACCACUCAGAAGAUGAAGAGGAGUUCAGUGAGAAGUCUUCCAGCACAGACAAAGAAGACAGAUCAGCCAGCUCCAUAGACAAGCGAAGGAUGAGUAAUGCGGGCAGACAGCCAUCGUCUAGUUCCACCUCUGAAGCCGACCAGAAGAAGGUCCGCAACAAACUGCGCAAGUUUCUCCUCAAGAGGCCGACUUUGCAGUCCGUCAAGGAGAAGGGCUACAUCAGAGAAAACGUGUUUGGCUGUCACCUCCACAAUCUGUGCGCCCAGGAGAAAACUACAGUACCCAGUUUUGUGGAGAAGUGCAUCCGGACGGUCGAGAGAAGAGGUUUGGGGAUCGAUGGAAUCUACAGAGUCAGUGGGAACUUGGCUGUUAUUCAGAAACUGCGCUUCAAGGCUGAUCAUGCGGAGGAUCUAAACCUGGAGGAGGGAAACUGGGACAUUCACGUCAUCACAGGAGCUCUGAAGCUGUUCUUCAGAGAACUGCAGGAGCCUCUGUUUCCUUACAGUCACUUCAACAGCUUCGUGCAGGGCAUCAAAAUCCCAGACUACCACAGCAGAGUGUCCUAUAUGAGUGAUCUGGUGAAGUCUUUACCACCACCCAAUCACGACACUAUGGAAGUGCUGUUUAGCCAUUUAAGGAAAGUCAUCGAGCAUGGAGAAGAGAACAGGAUGACCGUUCAGAACGUGGCCAUCGUCUUCGGCCCAACGUUGCUCAAGCCUGAAAUGGAGUCGUCGAACAUAACCAUGUACAUGGUCUUCCAGAACCAGAUCAUUGAGUUCAUCCUCAAUGAAUUCGAGACGAUCUUCCACAUGUAAAACACCUGAAUCUGUAGGUCGAAAGACCGACGGUCGUGUCAAAUGACUCGAAAAGCAAGAGUGUAUCUUCUCCAGGUUUAAGCUGACCUUUUCCUGCUAAUCUUAGACAAGCUUACUAGACAUGCUAAUGUUGCUAAUGAUGAAUGGAAGCUAGUAUGGCUGAGUUAGCACUAUACAAAUGAUAUCUUGCUAACUUGCCUCUUGUAGGCUUUCAUUUGCUGUUAGCCAUGUUAGCAUUUUAUGGGUAAAGUUUUCCUUUAUCUAUAUUAAGAAAGCACAAUGCCUCUCACUGAUGAUGGCUUGGAUAUUGGCUGUGAGAUGCUGGCCGAAGAACUAUGUAAUUUGCUUUGAUAAAGAUAAAAUCUAGCUCUCAUCAUUAGAUAUGAAACAUUAGAAGAGGAUGCGGUGAGAUGUAAAUAGAGGAAUAGAAUAUUAAUAUUAAUAGUCAACUGGAAGAUGUAGUUGAAGUUUCUGUUACUGAUACUCAGGCUGUUCUCAGAUGUGAGCCGUUCUUUUUUGCCCAGCUGUUUGGGUCUAGUCCAUAAAUAUGGGGAGGGAAAGUGCAGAACUGUGCCAACUGCUGGUUGCGUGCAAAGCAGUUUUAAUCGCUGUCCAUUUCUCCAUAAGGGAAAUUUUUGAUGGUGGAUUAGAAAUCACUUGAACUUUUGUCAAACAAUAAGUUUUUGACCUUAAAAGCACAAAACAAUAUAAUAGCAAUGUAAUAUUUUGCUAAGCCAUAUUACAGUAAAGAUGGAAAUGAAACUGAACUACAAAAUCCAUAAGUCGGUGCUGGCGCCGCUUCAUAAGAUGUGUGGUAUGGAUCUCAUAUGUGCCAUCUGAAAAUAUUACCCCUGAAGAAUCAGCCAAGCUUAGUGGCCAAAUUUUGCUUAGUGCUGGAGCUACGAGGCAAAUCUUGCUAACAAAGACUAGAAGUCAAUAGUCACCCAAAUCUUUUCUAUGGAACAUAAUUUAAAAAAUCCAUUUUUUCAAAAGAAUCAUGCUCGUAUUUAAGCUUCACAAGCAUUGUAGCAUUGUAGUAAUACUCUUUAUUUCCUUGUUAAGUUUCAGUUGAAAGGCCCAAUGGAAAACUGUCCAAUCAGCAUUACAGAUACAGAUCGAUACAGCCAAGCGAGCUCUCCCAUUGGUUAGGGCUUCAGGAGCUGCACAGAAGGCCUAACAAAUUAGAUUAACUACCAACGUAGUUAGGAAUUGACAGAAAAAAUCAGUCACACUUUGAUUUAAAGUGGGAACAGUUUUGUGAGAAAAAUGUCACUUUAGAACAUCUGGAAGUUCUAGAUACGUCACUGACUGAAUACAAGUCGUAGCUUAAGUAGGUUUCGGUUAUUUGUUAGAAAUGGAGAACAGUCACCAUCGGGACUCUUUACUGAAAGAGUCACUGCAAAAAACUGAUACAAGCAAGCUCAAAUAUCCAUGUUUGAUCUAGAACAGAUAGAAAAUGUUCAUGUGCACCAGCUUUAGUUUAGCACUAACUAGAACUAGAGUUUUGACAUUUAUGGCCCAAACUGAAGGCCUCAGUUUACCACGGUUGUAAAUACAUAUCCAGAACAAGACGCUCGAACCACAUAAAGGUCUUCGUGAAGGACGUGCGGACUUGUUGAUGUGGUUUAGGACAGGGGUUCUCCACCUUUUCCACCUCAUGGUCCACAAAGCAUUAAACCCCAAAGGAAACCAGAAAAAAGGUUUUGGUCAAACUUUAAUUUGAUGGUCGUCUAUAGAUGAUCUACAGAUAUUUACAUUAUUAACAGACUUUCGGGUGACAGUUGAUUGUCAACCCUGUUAAAGUAAAAGUUGGGUUUAAGAGUAGGUGUAGGUUUAGGAUUGAAGUUAAGGUUUGGCCUAUAUUGAACGCAGUCUAUCGCACUCAACUUCAAAUUCAAUUGCAUUUAAUAGAUAUUUAGUUGAGUACUACUUAAAGACUCUGAGCGUCUACAAAGCACCUACAGUGGACUAGCAAAAUAACCUUUUUGCAAAAUUUAUUUUUGGGAAAUUUUCAACACUCAGCAAUGUCUGGGUGCCACAAUAUGCAGCGUUUAUCAUGGAGCAUAAAAUAGUCAACAGAUUAGGCUGGCAUAAGCUUGUGUUAUUCCUGAAAUCAUUAAGCAGAAAGUUUCAGCAACACGUUCGUUGUUUUACGCCAUUUGCUAGCAAGUGGACAAUUAAAACAAGAGGCAAAAACUAGAUAUAGCUGCCUUUGUGUUUCUUUGUUGUUAAGUCAGUUAUUAUUUUUUCACUCAUUUUUAUGACCAACUGCCACCACUGGCCCACUAUGGACCACUGUCUACCCCUCCCUAUUGGCCUGAGGACCAAUAGAUAUGCCCAGUUGUUGGAAAACCCUGGUUUAGGACACCGAAUGCCUAAAAUUCAGCUUCACGGUGAAGUUUUGUUCAUUUUUAUAGCUCACAUUAAGUCAUAAUGCAUCCUAAACCAAAGUCUAGGCCAUGUUAAUGAAGAGCCGGAUGCGGUUUAAGUGUGCUGAGAGAGGUUUUGGAGAUGUAUUUACCGAAAACAUUUGGGUGACUAUUAACUUCUAUUGUUAGCAACAUUAGCCUCGUAGAUCCAGCGCUAAAAUAAAGUAACAAAACUUACCUUAGCUGAUCGACUACUCUCUCGCUAAUCUGGGGUAAGUGGAAAACUGUGUACAUCAGGUUUUUGCCAAUAUUUUAUUCAUUAAAUUAUUUGUAUGUUGCAAUAUUGUCAAAUAUAACUGAACUGAAAUAGGCGACCCAGCAGGUUAUGUUUUAUAACCUGUAAUGUGCAGCUCGUCCAGUUCAUUAACCAGCGCUUUGAAUGCAAACAGCAGGCGAUCUGACCACUUUCCACCCCAUAGGCUUAUCUUUUUAAGGUACUUAUUAGGACAAGCUCAUUGUUUUUAAGUGCACUGAUAUGUUGUUGCAACAGGGCUGAUUGUCUGCUGUAUUUAGCCUUAAUAUGGAGACGUCACGUCCUUCUCAGCUGGAAGUUUUACAGCCUUCGUUUCAAUGCAGUGGUUUAAGCUGUGAAGCUCUAUUCCAUUAUAAAUGCAGUCUUAGAGACACGAGUGUAGAUCAAAUAUUGUGAAUAUUAAUUUUAGGGCAGUUUUUGUCGUCUCUCUUUCUUUAAUACUGUAAACACAUGAUAUACUACAACUUAGCAGUGAAUGGGCAACAAUAGUUUACUUGUACAGGGUCUUUAGAGGCAUACUGGUUAGAUUUGCUAGUACCUGGAUAGAACCUCCCUCUGUAAAAUGUAUUUGCACAUAGACAAAGAUUAAUCCUAAAUGAAAUGGAAAGCAUAGCUGUAAAGAAUUGUAAAGCAUUAAUAUUUUAUGAAAAUAAGGCACAUUCAUAUGCAUAAUUGUAAGUGGUUUGAAGGUGUACAUAGGAAAAGGCUUAUUUAUGCUGUAAAUUACCCAGAAUAAACAAGCUUUUAAUAAACUUAACUGUUUUACAAGC